AGUCGAUGAUUGCUGCCGAGCGGUUGGUUGGGUCGGCGUCGUUAAAACGUGUAUGCACAGUGUGACUUCGUUAUCCGAAAUGUGAAGCACAUGUGAAAUCAUUAUUGCAAUGCUAAUAAUCAAGUUGCUCAAUCAUGAUAAUAAUGAUGUCAAAGUGAAACAGUUAAAAAUCAAUGUGCAUAUCUAAAAAGCGAGUGAUAUCAAAUAUAUAAACUCAUCACGCGAACCUCGCACGCCAACAAACCACCCUCCAACCUUCACCCCUUCACUUCGACGAGUUAACAUCGUGAAGUUUCGUGUGUUUUCUUCGUCCUCGCGAAUUUGUGUAACUUGGAACAACGGCCAAAAUAGAUUCAACGUCCCGUCCAACGGUUCUAACGCUGUUGUGAUUGCUGGCCACGAGGUCAAAACGCACAAGACGUAACAAAAAUAAAAAUAUAAAAAAUACACAAAAAUAAAAGAAAAGGAAAAGCAGAGAAAAAUACGAAAACGCGAUGAAAAUUAAAGCUUUGCGUGGCAAAACUCGCUAACCAAAAAAAAAGUGAACAAAAUAUAAAGAAAAAUAGCGAAAGCAAUAUUAAGAAAAGGAAAAAUUGUAGCUUGCCAGUUGCGUAAAAAUUUCGCUUUUCUGUCUGUGGCUGUGUGUAUGUGUUGUUGUUUUUUUUCGGGAGAAAGAAAAACGAUUAUCAUCUGGUCGGCUCCUAUAAAUAACGUCGAGUCAGGCGCCGCUAAUUACGCCAAAACAUGAAAAUAUUUACAACAAUAACAACAAGCACAACAACAACAACAACGAGAACAGCGCGAAAAACUGAGCAAUUAAUCAAUUUUCCGCUUGACCAAUAUAUAAUAAAUUCAUUUGACGCUGAAUCCGCACGGAAGUUUGCACUAUUAUCAUAAUUAAAAAAACCGAAAUAAAAAUAAAGGACUCCCAACGUGGCAUAUCAGCUCUUAGCCAGUUUGGCAUGGCCUGAAGCACGCUUACCACAACCUUAUCAGUUUUGUACACACACACACACACACAAACAUGAUUCAUAUGAGAAUGAUGAUGCUACUCCUGCUCCUAAUCCUGCCCAGCUCUCUGUUGGCCAGUCGCUACAGCUAUGCGCAUGGAGUUGGUUCCAGUUCCAGUUCCGGUUCCGGUUCCAGUUCCAUUUCCUCAUCGAAAUCAUCACAGAAUGAGGUGUAUCCCAUAGCCGAUAGUCAGCCCAUGACAGAUGAUGGUUAUGUGGCUGCAUCGCCAGGACCUCCUUCACUAUAUUAUCCUGCCAGCGACCUGGACAAUCCUGUCCAGCAAUUGAGCAGCUGUCAAACAGUCUGCGCUUGCAAAUGGAAGGGCGGCAAACAAACUGUGGAAUGCAUCGAUCGUCAGCUCAUCCAAAUACCCGACAACAUUGAUCCCAGCACACAGGUCCUGGACAUGUCCGGCAAUAAACUGCAGACUCUAUCCAACGAACAGUUCAUCCGGGCGAAUCUUCUGAAUCUGCAAAAACUCUAUUUGCGAAAUUGUCGAAUUGGCGAGAUUCAAAGGGAAACCUUCAAAGGAUUGACGAACCUGGUGGAGUUGGAUCUAUCACAUAAUCUGCUGGUCAAUGUGCCAAGUUUGGCCCUGAGUUACGUUUCCUCCCUAAGGGAACUGACCCUCGCCUCCAAUCACAUUCACAAGAUCGAGCCGAAGGCAUUUGGAAGCACGCCAUCUUUAAAUAAACUCGAUCUCUCCCAUUGCGAUAUACAAACCAUCUCGACUCAGGCAUUUAUUGGCCUUCAGGGAUUAACCACACUCCGUCUCAAUGGCAACAAGCUCAGCGAACUGUUGCCCAAGACAAUUGAGACAUUGAGUCGCCUGCAUGGAAUUGAGUUGCAUGAUAAUCCCUGGUUAUGUGAUUGCCGUUUAAGGGAUGCCAAAAUCUGGCUGAUGCAAAGGAAUAUACCAUAUCCUGUGGCACCCGUGUGUGCCGGCGGACCUGAAAGGAUCAUCGAUCGCAGCUUUGCGGAACUCCAUGUGGAUGACUUCGCCUGUCGUCCCGAAAUGUUGCCCAUCUCCCACUACGUGGAGACCUCAAUGGGGGAGAAUGCCUCAAUUACAUGCCGCGCAAGCGCAGUUCCCGCUGCCAGUAUCCAUUGGUAUUGGAAUGGUCGUCAGUUGGCCAACAAUAGCGCCUUUAGCGCCUAUCAGCGUGUCCAUAUGUUCGAGCAGCUGGAGCGAGGAUUCGAGAAGCGCUCCAGACUCGUCCUAACCAAUGCCCAGGAAACGGAUUCCAGUGAGUUUUAUUGCGUUGCCGAGAAUCGGGCGGGCAGCGCCGAGGCGAACUUCACGCUCCAUGUGAGCAUGAGGGCGGCGGGCAUGGCAUCCCUGGGCAGUGGACAGAUUGUUGGACUCAGUGCAGCAUUGGUCGCACUCAUCGUGUUCGCCUUGGCGGCCAUCAUGUGCCUGUUGCUGCGGGUGAAGCGUCAGCCGUAUGUGGACAGCAAGACACCGAACCACAUGGAGGUCAUCACCUCGGUGAAUCAUCAGAAUUCCAUAACGAACAAAACGCAGCCGGCAACGGGCAAUGGCAGCAUUGCUGGCAUCGUUAUAGCCAAUGGUGCAGUGGCCAAUUGUAUUGAUGGUUGCAACUCUGGAGGCGUCAGCACCUUGGAGCGCAAGGGCAGCAAUGGCAACGGAGGUGGAGGCGAAGGGGCAGGAGGUGGAGGUGGAGGAGGAGGAGGAGGAGGAAGGUCCUCCAGCUCAACGUAUGCGAAUACAAAUGCAAAUGCGAAUCCUGUCCAGAAACCACCACGCCUCACAGACAUCGCCUAUUCCAAUCAAUGCUAUGACAAUGCCGGCAGUGUCCUUUCCACCGCUUCCUGCUUCAUCUCGCCCAGCGCCUCAACGGGACACGGCAACAAUCCGGACUUGAUAAAUGAUACCAAACGAUUUGGCAGCGAUGAGUUUGCCGAUCUCAAGCUGCCGGCCAUGUUGGGCAACGAAUUGGUUGGCGGUGGCAGCGGUGAGUACAGUCGCGCCAAUGGCUGUGACUCCCUGUAUCCAUCCGGUUUGUGGGAGCACACGGCCGCCAGCUCGGCGGAUGAUCUUUUCAUGAAACGCUAUACGGACAAGACGCCCAUCAUUGACUCCACUCAACUGUAUGAUCUUCACGAGCGCACUGCGGCCAGCGAUUAUUUCAGCAAGACUUUUCCCCGGACACACCUGCAACACAGUGGGGCAGCUCAGAGUGGUGCAGCUGCAGCCUCGACCACAUCCACAGCCACCACGAAUUUAUCGAGUGGUUCUGGAUCUGGAUCCGGAUCUGGCUAUCCCAAUGAUUAUGGUUUGCCGCUGGUUCCCGGCGCCGAGCAUCAACAUAAUCAUCAGCUGCAAAUGCAUCCGUUGCAACAGUUGCAACAACAGCUCACAACUACGCUCAAUCAUCAUCAUCAGCAACAGCAGCAGCAGCAACAGCAUCAUCAUAGCUCCAGUUCGAGUCCACACUUCAGUAGCCGCACCCUGCCACGCCUACACGAUGCAGGGGGCGGCGGUGGUAGCCGUGGUGGCGGUGGUGGCGGUGGUGGCAGCAGCAGCAAUAGCAAUGCCUCGGCCAGUUCAUCUCCCACGCCAGCCAAACAAAUCUCAGCAUCAGCGAUGGCAGCAACCACUUCCAGUUCCUGCUCCAUAUUGGCCAAUGGGCAACCCGUGAAUGCCAAGACGAUACGGGUGUGGCAAAAGGGGGGCGUGCCCGUCCUGCCGCCCGUAACCGCAUUGAAAAGGGCGUUAAUAAGCAGCAGUCGCAACUCCCCAGACGAGGGCUAUCAGGAGGGUUGUGGCACAGAUGUCUAAGUCCCAACACUUUUUCAUUCUUAUCCCUUUCCCCUCCCUCAAGCAGAACUGACUAAACUUAACAAAAAAAAAAAAAAAUAACAAAUAACUACAAGAAAAAUUAUUGUAAUUUUCGUAAGGGAAAUUCGCGAGUAAUUCAAGCGAAUUUGUGGCGAAAAAAAAAAACAAAUUUUUGUGCAAGCAAAAACUGUUUGUGAUACGUGUCUGAUUAAAAGAUAUAAUGCUAAUGAUGAUAAUAAGAAUUUUCAAUGAGAUAAAAGCAAAGCGUAAACAAAACAUUA